UUCUACACAAGCAGCCAUACCACCCCGAAACCAUCAUGGCGUCUGCCAGAAGUCUCAAUGCAGGGCUGGUUACUAGCGAAGUACCGAACCUUCGAACAAACUAUUUAGGCAGGGGCAGAGGCAGAGGAAGUCGUGGCAAGAAUUCCAACAUUUCAUCGGCUCCAUCUGGCCUGGCAAAAGAAGGUGACAAGCAGCAAAAUGACAACAUUUCACCCGCUGAAGUUGAAGCUGCAGCUGAGGGAGUAAAUUACUCUGCAUUAAAAGCGGAGGACAAGGUACUUUAUCUUCUGAAAAAGAUGUGCUCUCAACAUCCAAAUCAAAGAAUAAUUGAACUGUCAGCAGAGGAUGAAAGUGCAAUCUUGGAAAAAGUGCUUGAAAGUAUUUCCACAGGCCAGGAGUUAUGCAGUCUGGUUUCAGGUCUCUACGAUUGGACCCUGCAAAAUCCAGCUACAACAUCCUGCGUGGCGAGUCUCAGUGCUCAGCUUUCCAAAUUUGAGAAGGGUGGUGUUUCUUUCCGCUCCGCCUUGAUGAAUCCCCUGGAGGCUGACUUCCAGUCUAGAGAUGAGUGGAAUAAAGACCAGCCAAUAAGAUGGCUUUCCUAUGUCUGUUUGAUGUGUGACCUGUAUGCCAUGAUGAAAACAGCAGCUGAUGGGUACUUGAAUGCCCUGGUUGAGCCAGUGUAUUCAUGUUUAGAUCAGCUGCUUACAGAUAACAAGGCUUCAGACAUUCAGAUUGGAUAUGCCACCCUGAAGCUGAAGCAACUUGGCAAGAUCUUGCAGACCAAAGAGCCCUCUAAGAUGGAACUUUUAAUGGAGGGAUUGAGAUCAAGAUUUCUUGGGUCGGGUACCAGUGCCACUGGUCGCUUGCUGCUGUUGGAGACCAUAGAGUUGUACGCAAGCGGUUGGCAAUUUGACGAAGAGACGACAACGGCAUAUGUAGAGCUAAGACAGAUGAGUCAGGAGAAAGCGUGAGGCAGGGGAGGGAGACGUCAUCUUUGAUUGGCACUGGACUUCAGACUUGGCAAUAAAUGCUGCGUGUGCAGAAGAUGCUUGUGAGGGAUUGUAAUUGAUGAACUUUUAUUGUAAAGAAUCACCUGAUGAAGUCACUUCGUUGAGGAUGUGUGAGCUUUGAGGAGGAGCAAGAGGUGACUGGACGUGUCACUGGGGUCUUGAUUGACAGUCAAGGAACCAGAUUUUAAGUUCACCUGCAACAUCCAUCAAGGAGGCCAUGACCAACCUGUCAUGUAGCUACUCAGUAGAAAAUAAAGCUUAGUGAAUGUAUGUGCUAAGAAUGAAUCCGGCUACUUGCAAGAAAAAUGCUUGACAAUCAUGAAAUUCAACCCUGAUGUCAGUUCAAGUAAUUCUGUAUAUAGACUGAGUAUGGAGAUUUCUUAAGAACCUGUGAAGCAGCAGACAUGAUAAUGCAUAGCCAGUUUUCAUGCAUGUGCAAAACUUCAAGCCGCCCGAUAAUCAGUUGUCAAUCCCUCAACAAAAGCUGCAUCUACAUUGUACUGCGACAACAGGUGUUGGACAGACUGAUUAGGGGUUUCAGUUGUCUUGAAUGCAUAUUUAUUGUUUUGUACAUUUGAAAAUGUGGUCGUGAAAGUAAAGCCAAAACAGCAAAAGUAUUUGACAUGGUUUUGGCAAAUUAUUUAAUGUGAAAUGUUUUGAUUGUUGGUGUACUGAAAUCUAUGCAAAUUAUCAGAUUUCAGAACAAAAAUUACAUUUGAAAUGGUGAGUUUUCCCCAUGCUCAAUGUUUGAUAAGCAAUAUUACUGUUAACUUGGGACCAGAGAACAUGAAGAUGUGAGAGGACAUAAAUAUGUGAGAGGACAUGAAGAUGUGAGAGGACAUGAAGAUGUGAGAGGACACGAAUAUGGAGAGGACAAGAUGUGAGAGGGCAUGAGAUUGUGAGAGGACAUGAAGAUGUGAGAGGACAUGAAGAUGUGAGAGGACAUAAAUAUGUGAGAGGACAUGAAGAUGUGAGAGGACACGAAUAUGGAGAGGACAAGAUGUGAGAGGGCAUGAGAUUGUGAGAGGACAUGAAGAUGUGAGAGAAACGAGUGCUGCUGGUGUUGUAAGAAGUAGAAAUGUUCAACAUGACUUCACCUUAAUUCUGCAAGGUAAAUAUUUCCUAUUUGCCUAGGUUUUCUUUUUAACUUCCUGUACAGUCGGCAUUUUAUAACUAAAUUCGAGAGAGCACAUCAUAUACAUAAGCAGGGCACAUGUGCAUAUCUGUUUAUUUCAAGUGUUUCUUCUAGGUGUUUUCCCAAUUAAAGUGAUAGGUUUUCAAGUUAUUGGAUACAUUGCUCACCUGGGGAAUGGGUUUUAAUUCCUUUUACAAACAGUAUGUGGUUAGCCUUCUUUGAUAGUCUUCCAUUUGUUUGGGUUCACAUCUUGGUUGAGUAACAAAGGGUUGCCAAUGUACGUUGUAACUUACAAACCAGUGAGACAAUUUGUCACUUGCAUAAUAACAUUUAGAAUACUUAAAUAAGGGACUUGGUCAAAUGCAUCAAAAAGACUGUGAUAUUCAAGAGUAUUUGUAGCCAUUGAGUAAAAUGUUUUGCCUUUGAGAAAGAUUCUGUUAGGCUCUCCACCUGCAAAAUAUUUUUUUUGCCGUGAAUUUCAAUGAAUGCAUUUGAACUGUGAGGAGAAAAUUAUUUCAUUGUUGCACUGUUCUCAAAGUUGUGACUUUUUGGUUUUUUCUAAUGGAUUUGCUUGUAAGUAUAAAUUGCAUAUUUGAAUACAAAUCCUAAGUAAGUGCACUUCCAACAAAGUGAUAGGUCUUACAAUUACAACACGGCUUAUGAUUUCUUUUGUAGUUUGAAAAUCAUAAGUUUUCAAGGUGAUUGCUCUUUGUUACCUAUAAGUCUGUGUAUUUUAAAAAUACGGAUUUUAGCUUUGCCAAAUACCACCCCACUGGCUGAAACCAAUUUGUAUACAGCACAUUGAAUCAUACACAGUGUAAGUACACGUCUUGAAUAAAAUAAAUUAUUUAAAAGCAAAUUCAGCAA